AUGGAAGGUGACAAAGCUACUCCGCAGCCAAAAACGCAUGCUAACUCUCGGUCAAACAUACCAAGGCCGACUACUUAUAAAGUUCCACAACCUGUAUCUGCCACUGUUCAAGCAGCACGAAACCUUAAGCGGAGGAGCAUCGGACAUCUGAGCAAACCGCCUUCCUGCACACCUGCGAAAAGAACAGCUCUUUCAACUUCGGCCACACCAAGUUCAUUGGCGAAGCCUCUUCCCGAUUCAAUGAGAACCGGAAGAGCAACGUUGGCAACGCCUGGAACUGUGCCUCGAUACCUUCAAACAACAGCUGCAACUGCUCGACGCACUGGCAUGGCAAAAGGCACGCGCCCCGGUUCUUCACAGAAUCAGACUGCCCCUCCAACUCGUCGAUCUGCAUCUACUCCUCGCGAAAGCGCGGAAGUUAUUGCAAUGAGAACGAAAAUUGUCCAGCUGGAGGGGGAGGUAGAUAAAUGCAAGGCGGAAUCGGAACUUAUCAAGAGUUCGUUAGAGUGUUUCAAACAAACGAUCACCCUCAAAGACUCACAACUAAGCACUAUCCAGUUGGCUCUAGAAGCAGAGAAGGGUAAAUCAGCGAUGAUGCAGGUUGAAAUCGAUACGAAAGGUUCCAAAAUCGCUCAACUAGAGCAUGAUUUGUGUGAGAGGAUGGAAGAUAUUGGUCGUCUGACGUCCCAUCUGGCAGCAAAGCGUG